AUGAGCUCUAAUUCAGGACUAACCGGUCUGGAUAACUACAGCAGCCCGGUCGCUCGCUACGUCAGCGAUGCUUUUCGCGGGAGCCGACAGAGUUACGAAUACAACUUCUGCAUUCAAUACAGAGGUCCAAUCAAAGGACUUCUUUACGUGCCCAGUCUUGAACCGCAAGACCCAUGCAACAACAACACUGCCUCGUUUGUGCCGGCCAAUGCGACUCGGUAUAGCAGUGUCUCUCCGUUUGGAUUCACCAACAUCGGCUUAGCGCCGUGGGUGUCUAUCGAUUGUACCCAGUCUUUUCUGAAUGCGUCGCGACGAGAUGAUAUCGAAGCGCUUAUCUUCUUUCUCCCUCUGAGCAAUGAUUCGAAACCACCGCCAGCAGCGGAUUCUAUCUGGGACUUGGGCGAUGGCGGAGUCUGGAAAAGUCAGAAUAAGUUCCCUAUCUAUGCGAUCCCCGGUACAGCUGGCGAGACCCUCAUGCGCCAGCUGUCUUGGUAUUCUGGUAAUGGGACAACCGGCCUCGACCCAAAUGCUCCAGUCGAGGAGCCGGUUGCUUUGGGGCAGGACCAGCGAGGCGUCGUCCGGCUGUUCACUGUCAUAGAGUUGUCGGAUGAUCGUCGAAACAUGCCCAGUCUCUGGGGAUUCAUUCUCGCGAUUCUUGGGAUGGUCUUGGUCCUCAGCAUCAUUCUCCUCUUGUGCUAUCAAUUCGUGCAGAGGAAACGCCGGGAAGCUUUACGGAGGAGUAUUGCGUCUGGCGAAGCCGAUGUCGAGAGCCUCGGAUUACAUCAGAUAAAGGUUCCGCGAGAGGUCCUGGACCAGAUACCAACAUACGUUUACCCACACCUGGACGUUCCACCGAAAGUAUCCUUAAAAGACAGUCAUGGCCACACAAAUCUCAACAAUGUUACCGAACCGAACGAUACGCGAUCCAUCCAAUCCGCCGAUUCCACACUCAAAAACUAUCAAGUUUACCAGGAGAGAGAACUUCAUGCGAGCAGUUCCACCAUCCGGUUGCCCGAGUCCGUGGUCAUUAGUGAGAGCAGCCGGUCUCCCUCCGUGCGAGAACGAAGCGAAUCUUUCAGCAGGUCACAGUCGACCUGUGCAAUUUGCCUUGACGAUUUUGUAUCGGGGGCGUCUAUCGUGCGGGAACUCCCAUGCGGUCACAUCUAUCAUCUCAACUGCAUCGAUACCUCUCUCACUCAGAUCAGCAGUCUUUGCCCGCUGUGUAAGAAGAGCGUUCUGCCGCCAGAAUACUACACGACGCCCAUGAACGAUAUGAUUGUGCAUCGGGAUUAUGUCGCGACCGAGGACUGA